UGCCGAUUGAGCAUUCAUCGAUAGAGUAGUUGCCGGCCAUGGGGAAGAAGGCCGCCGCCGUGAUCUGCGGGACGGCGAGCUUCCUAGGCCUCCUCGCGGCCAUCCUAGGAUUCGUUGGCGAGAGCACCAACUCCGAGUCGUUUGCUGGGUACGACGGGGUGAGGUGCGUGUACCGGAGCACGGCGGCGCGGGGUUGCGGCGUCGCGGCCACGCUGUUCCUCCUGGCGGCGCAGGUCCUCCUCACCGCCGCCACCGGCUGCUGCGGCUGUUGCCGGCCAGAGACGCGGAAGAUCCCGUCCGAGACCAAGCGCGUCUUCGCCGUCGCCAUGUCCAUCCUCUCAUGGUACGACGCAUUACCCUCUCUCUCUCUCUAAACUUUCUCUCUCAUGUCUAACGUGUAGUGUACAACACGCAUGUGCGAACGAAGGAUCCUGAUGUUCAUCGCGGAGGUGCUGUUUUUCAUCGGCGCGAUGUGGAACACGGCCGGGGAGCGGAAGCCGGCUGAAGACACCAGCGCCGGCGAGGAGUGCUACGUGCUGCCAACUGGGGUGUUCGCCACCGCGUCCGCGCUGUCCCUCAUCGUCGUCGGCUUCGGCAUCGGCUCCUACUUCCUGCUCGGAGCGUCGGCGCCGCCACGGGAGCAGCAGCCGGAGAUCGCCCUGGGGCAGCCGCCGCCCUACUUCCAGGCCCAGCCCCAGCCCCAGCCCCACGGCGGCUAUCCGGCCGGUGCCACCUGGCAGACACGCGUAUGAACCAAGCUCUUCCCCGGCCUUGGAAUUUUGAGAAUUGCUUACGCAAAUCACACGAGAAUUUGUAAAGUUUUAAUGGACCAGCUCAUAUAUAUCAACAAGAUCAAUCGAGCCAUGUAGGAAACCAAAAGAGGAUUUCUCUAAAUCUUUUCGGAAAACUGUUAUGGGUAAUAUAGGAAUUUUCAGUGGAAUUAGCUUCCUGUUGGAGGUGGCAUUCCGGCGGGAGUCAAAUGUGAUUUCUUUUCUGUUAGUUUAGUGAUCAAGAAGAAACUAACAUAUUUGGUGUCUAUUGGUGUCAAAAAACGUAUUACAUUAUA